AUGGGUAGAUGGAACUCAACCAGUGUGUCUGGCUUCAUCCUCAUGGGGCUGAUGGGCUCUGCAGAGACACAGCUGGUCCUCUCCGUGCUCUUCCUCCUGAUUUACCUGAUCACAGUGCUGGGGAACGCAGGGAUGAUACUGAUCAUUCGCCUGGAUCCCCAGCUCCACACCCCCAUGUACUUUUUUCUCACUCACCUGUCAUUUCUCGACCUCAGCUACUCAAGUGUCAUCACCCCUAAAACCUUACAGAACUUACUGACUUCCAACAAAAGCAUCUCCUUUCUGGGCUGCUUCACCCAGAUGUUCUUUUUUAUUGUAUUUAUUGCCACAGAAUGUUUCCUUCUCUCCUCCAUGGCCUAUGACCGCUAUGUAGCUAUCUGUAGGCCCCUGCACUAUCCAAUCACUAUGUCCACAAGACUGUGCCAUGCCCUGCUUGCUGGUUGCUAUGUUAUGGGAUUUGUUUAUUCCACUGUGAUUGAGGUUUCCAUGACCCGACUGCACUUCUGCAACUCUAAAGCCAUCCAGCACUUCUUCUGUGACACAUCCCCAAUUUUAGCCCUAUCCUGCAGUGACACCACUGAGGCUGAAAUCAUUAUAUUCAUUUGCGCCGGGUCGAAUAUAGUGCUGUCCCUCAUCACCAUAUCUGGAUCCUAUCUGUCCAUCCUCUCCACUAUCCUGAAAAUUAAUUCCACAGCAGGAAAGAAAAAAGCCUUCUCCACCUGUGCCUCCCACCUCCUGGGAGUCACCAUCUUCUACAGCACUACCAUCUUUAGUUACCUAAAACCAAAGUCAUCCUAUGCUUUGGGAAAGGAUCAGGUGGCUUCUGUGUUUUACACGAUUGUGGUCCCCAUGCUGAACCCUCUUAUUUACAGUCUCAGAAACAAAGAGGUGAAGAACGCUGCCUUGAGAGUCCUGCAGAAGAGAGAUGGUUGUAGACAAUUAAAAUAA